AUGAGCACGACCUCGUCUACCCCAUAUGUUCCAUACCAAGCAUACAAGUCAAAGCGGCAUUCGCGUGUCAUAUCGGCCCCUCAGAAUGAGGCCAACGGAACAGCCUCUCCUCCCUAUCGGCCGCGUCAUAUUUCUUCAACAUCGAUAGACCUUGCACCGAAGUUAAAUGGUGAAGAUCUCACAAAGACUCCGACGGCUCCGAAAGUCGACGUGGCGUCGCCAAAUGAUAACACUGUAGAAGUAAGAUCAAGACCCGCGUCUGUAGUUAUGCCGCAGCAGACAACGGUCUCCGAAGCAGUUUCAAGUUCGGAGCAUGCGAGUCCCACCUCACCUGGUGCGCAGUCCACGGUGAGCUCAGUAGCAGGAAUCAGGAUCAAUGACGAACCGCUGGAUUCUGUCAGCGAGCCGUCUAGCCGUUCGAGUGUCCACUCGUCUCCUAGAGCAACCAACGGAUCUAUAACGCCAGCCAUGGAGGCGAGCGAGAAAGGCACACCUUUCCCUUCAUCGACGCCUCCCAAUGACCAAGCAUCACCUGAGGCUGGACCAUCAGCUCAACCGAAUAAAUCCACGUACAACCCACGCAGGUCGUCUACAUUUCGUUAUGUUCCACUCCGUCCAGCGAACUCAAGUUCGACCCCAAGAACAUCUUCACCACUUCGUCCUGCCAACACACACUCUCGCACGGUCUCCACCUCUGGCUUGUCGCCGCUCUCACGGGCGCGUCAGUUCGAUCAACCUGUUCCUGAUGAUCGACCUUUGCAAUCCGGUGCACGAUCUCCCGCUUCAGUACAUUCAGAGUUUACCCCAGACACAACUCAAGCAAGUUCAUUAAAACCUACAACUUCUAAUGUACACCAACGAAGCACGUCCAUGUCUAUGUCUUUGCCUCCACCACAAAUUCUCCCUCCACCACGCACAAGCUCACUUCAAUCUCCGGCUGUCCUUCCGAAACCUGCAGCGUCUCCAGCAUCCGUGUCUACGACUCCAUCUCGUGUCCAGUCCCCCAUGCCACCAAGCACGCCCUCCUCUUCCACUACUACCACCCCUGCAUUAGAGCGAAAGGCCGCUUAUCGACCAGGCUUCCAGCCAAAGGGCGUAUACAGGCCUCUUACAGAUGACUUCCUUGCAAGCCGUAAACGUGCGCGCGACGCAGAAAGUUUAGAGCUUACACGACUUGAACGACGAUUUGAAAAGCUCGUUGAUCUACAUUUUUCUGAAGAAAAUGGUAAUACUAAGGGAAAGGAGAAACUUGAUCCUGCACCAUCACUUGGACGACGUGCUUCGUCGUUUCUUGAAGAUUGGAGCGAAUUUAGACAGAAGAGUGCGUCGGAAUUAUGGAAGAGUGUAGUUGAAAGCCGAGCUGCGGCGGCCAAUGGCGGGAAAGGUGAUAUUCGAGCUGCCGAGCAGAGAAUUACGCCUUGGCAAGAUGACGCAGAUGUGCCUACAUGUCCACAUUGCUCCGCCUCCUUCCAUCCCCUCACAAACCGAAAGCACCACUGUCGACUGUGUGGUCGAAUAAUCUGUUCGCUGCCUGUUAAAAAGCCUCAACGACCUGUUCCUUGUUCCUUGCUCUUUAUCUCCGAUCCCAAGACCGGACGAAUAGAGGAAGUUACAGAAGGCGUCGACUAUGGGGUGAAGCCUCGCUCACGUGUAAAUUCGAUGGGUAGCAAACCGAAGGGCGAGACUAGUGAAGAGAAAUUCCUUAAAGGAGUGAGAAUAUGCAAGGAGUGCAAGCCUGUUAUGCUACGUCAGCAAUACCGACAGGAGACCAAGCGUACGCCAACCAUGAACAGGCUUUACGAGGCUCUCAUCGCAUUAGAGUCGGAAAUCGAGGAAGCACUGCCACACUUCCAGGAGCUUAUGUUGAAUCUAUCCAAUAAUGCGGAUGAAGUACCGACGAAAGAAGCGUCGGCAAUGCGGAAGCAUUUGCUCCAGUGCUUUUCAGACUAUGACGCGAUCGCAAAGCGUAUACGAAAGAUACCUUGUCCAGGCGGGCCUGGAAGCUCGCAGGACCGGGUACAAGCUGCGAUCCAAGCACGUGCGAAUAUGUUCUUGCAGAAGAACAUGUUUCCUCUUCAAUCUCUUCCGAAGCCUAAGAAGCGUUCUGUGUCUGGUGCGGGAGCAAAUGGUGAUGCUGCGAGUGUGACGACGGACGCACCUUCUCAAGUGCUCGACCCAGACUCGGAGCUUGCGCAGGCGCUGCAACCUUUGCUGGAGCAGGAGGCUUUACUCGAGUCCUUCGUCGAGGAGGCGACGGCACACCGCAAGUUUGAAGAUGCGCGGACGCUGAAAGCGAAUCUUGCGGAAAUACGCGCAGAGAUUGAUCGGAUACUGGCGAACGCGGAGGGGGGAAUGUGAAGUUUUGGUGAUUUGGAUCUGAAGCCGUUGUGCAGUUGCUCUCGUGCAUGUGUAUACAAUUCUUGUAACCUAUAGCAAUUCUAUUCAAAUGUU